AUGAAUGCACAGCAACAGCUACAAUACGACUUGGCCAUCACUCCGAAAACAGCCAGUCUGUUAAUCCGCCUCGGCUAUACAUCCUAUCGCGACCUUCGCAGCGUUUCACCCAAUCAUGUCGUGGCGCAACUCAAGGCACUUCCAGACAUAACGCCGUCGCAGGCAGAGCAAUAUCGGCGGGGUUUGAGAAGGAUGGUUUGGCUCGCAACGCAGGAUAACCCCCAGGAGCAAGCGAAGUUAUAUCCGAAUUGGACCCAGAAGGCCCUCAAAGCGCGUGGCAUGUGGAGAGUCGAUAUCGAUUACGACGGGCUUAGCGGAGAUGAAGUCAAUCAACUCCAUCACCAGGCGAAUGGAUAA